UACUAGUCCGAGAAAGGCAUAACCAAAGAUACUGGUAGUAUUUAAGUGCAUCCAAUGUGUGUGCAGCUAUAGGGUAAGUGAUUCAGGGCCUAAGUGCACAUCCAAUAUCUUCGCUUCUUCCUGGAAGCUCUGCAAUGGAGGCUAAUGUUGGACCGGUGGUGCGCCGGCUCUACCUCUUUGUCUAUAAUUGGGCUGCGUUCUUUGGAUGGGCACAGGUGUUGUGCUACGCAACAUUGGCAUUGUUGGAGAGGAGGCCUGAGGCUAUCUACACCGCGAUCGAGCGGCCGCUACUGGUCACACAGACUGCCGCUUUAAUGGAGAUUGUUCAUUCACUUGUAGGGCUUGUGAAGUCUCCUGUCUCCGCAACAAUUCUACAACUUAUUGGAAGGAUAUUUGUUGCAUGGGGUGUCUUGUGGAGCUUUCCCGAGACGCGCCCUCAUAUUCUUGUUACUUCCUUGAUCCUAGCAUGGUCCAUUGCUGAGGUCAUCAGAUAUCCUUACUAUGGUAUGAAGGAGACAUUUGGAUUUGCACAUUUCUGGCUAUUAUGGCUUAGGUAUAACAUGUUCAUCGUACUCUAUCCUAUCGGUAUGCUAAGUGAAGUUGGCCUCAUAUACGUCACAAUGCCUUACAUGAAGGCCUCCAAUAAAUAUUGCCUUCAAAUGCCCAAUAAAUGGAAUUUCUCCUUCAACUACCACUAUGCAUCUGUUCUUCUAAUGGGUAUCUAUUUUCCAGGAUUUCCACACUUGUACCGUUAUAUGCUCCUUAGGAGGAAGGUGGUCUUGUCAAAGGCAAAAUCCGCAUGAUAUUACUCACAAGCUUUCUAGAGUAUAUGUCUCAAGUGACUUCUGAAUGUGUGAGUUGUGUGCUUCCACACAUGAUACUUCCCACCAGCGUAUAUCUACUAUUUGUGUGACGUUGUUCUCAUGUUUUCUAUCGUUUCCCGAUCAAUAAAGUUGGGGUGGUGAGCGUUCCCCACCUGAGUGCAAUUACUCAAUCGGUGAGUCAUGCCACUAACUAUAGUUUUAACGAUGAUUGUGACAUGCUCAUUGAUAUCCCUAAAACUUUUGCAUUCCUAGCCAGCAAAUUUUUCCAUACGACGAGGAUGACAACUUCAGUCUAAAUCGAAAAGUUGAGUAUGUUGGUUGUGCUAGGGUUCCGCACAUCAUUAAAGGACACGAGGAGUGAUGCCAAUCUUAUGGAUGCUGAAGUGGUAGCACAGAGGUAGAUGCAUCCGAGUUUCGGUGUGAUCUUGGUGGCACAGGCUGAGGUUAUCAUUCAGGGUUUUAUGCAGAAGCUUUUCCAUUUAAUCUUUAGUUUGUCUCACAUAAGGAGCAUUUAGCAAUGAAAGUUGAAGUUUAUAGAAUGAGGAAUAUCAUUAAUAAAGCUCUUCUCAUGA